CGCCCGCCCUUGCCCGGAGCCUCCCAGGCAGCCAGCGAGCGAGCGGAGCGCUCUGGAAUGGGACUUGGAGGAGGCGGCGACGCAGGAGACGGCGGCAGCGGCUCGGGCUCCUUUCUCGGCUCCCACGAGCGAUCCCCGAGGAGAGCCGCUGCCCUCGGCGGGACGAGGAGGCCAGCGAGGGAGACCCGCGGGGCUGCGCCUCUGCCUCGCUUCGCAGGCGCCAGCGGCGGUGGCUGCAGCCUUGCCCUUCUUCUUCCUCUUGAAAAUGGAAUCGAUGCUGGUGGGCUGCCUGCUGCUGCUCUUGGGACAGAGCUUCUUCCUCUCCUCUGCAGCCAGAGAGCGCCCACAUACCAGGUCCUUCUCCAGAGGCAGACAUGCGCGGACCCACCCCCAGACGGCCCUCUUGGAGAGCUCCUGUGACAAUAAGCGGGCAGACCUGGUCUUCAUCAUUGACAGCUCCCGCAGUGUCAACACCCAUGACUAUGCGAAGGUCAAGGAGUUCAUUGUGGAUAUCUUGCAGUUCUUGGACAUUGGUCCAGAUGUCACCCGGGUGGGUCUGCUCCAAUAUGGCAGCACAGUCAAGAACGAGUUCUCCCUCAAGACCUUCAAGAGGAAGUCUGAGGUGGAACGAGCUGUCAAGAGGAUGAGGCAUCUGUCCACAGGCACCAUGACAGGACUGGCCAUCCAGUAUGCCCUGAACAUCGCAUUCUCAGAAGCAGAGGGGGCCCGACCCCUGAGGGAGAAUGUGCCUCGAGUCAUAAUGAUUGUAACAGAUGGGAGGCCCCAGGACUCGGUGGCUGAGGUGGCUGCAAAGGCACGGGACACAGGCAUCUUGAUCUUUGCCAUUGGUGUGGGCCAAGUGGACUUUAACACACUGAAGGCCAUUGGGAGUGAACCCCAUGAGGACCAUGUCUUCCUGGUGGCCAACUUCAGCCAGAUCGAGUCGCUGACCUCAGUGUUCCAGAACAAGCUGUGUGUGGUCCACAUGUGCAGCAUCCUGGAGCACAACUGUGCCCACUUUUGCAUCAACACCCCUGGCUCAUACGUCUGCAGGUGCAAACAAGGGUACAUUCUCAACUCGGAUCAGAAGACUUGCAGAAUCCAGGAUCUGUGUGCCACAGAGGACCAUGCCUGUGAGCAGCUCUGUGUGAAUGUGCCAGGCUCCUUCGUCUGCCAGUGCUACAGUGGCUAUACCCUGGCCGAGGAUGGGAAAAAGUGUGUGGCUGUGGACUACUGUGCUUCUGAAAACCCCGGGUGUGAACACGAGUGUGUAAAUGCUGAUAACUCCUACUUGUGCCGAUGCCGUGAAGGAUUUUCUCUGAACCCAGAUAAAAAAACAUGUGCAAAGAUAGACUACUGUGCUUCUCCUAACCAUGGCUGUGAGCACCAGUGUGUUAGCACUGAUAAUUCCUACUCCUGCCGCUGCCUGAAAGGCUUCACCCUGAAUCCAGACAAGAAGACAUGCAGAAGGAUCAACUACUGUGCACUGAACAAACCAGGUUGUGAGCAUGAAUGUGUCAACACGGAGGAGGGCUACUACUGCCGCUGCCGCCGGGGCUACACCCUGGACCCCAAUGGCAAGACCUGCAGCCGGGUGGACCACUGUGCGCAGCAGGACCAUGGCUGUGAGCAGCUGUGCCUGAACACGGAGGAGUCCUUCGUCUGCCAGUGCUCAGAAGGCUUCCUCAUCAACGAGGACCUCAAGACCUGCUCCAGGGUGGAUUACUGCCUGCUAAGUGACCAUGGUUGUGAAUACUCUUGCAUCAACAUGGACAGAUCCUUCGCCUGUCAAUGUCCCGAGGGUCACGUACUCCGCAGCGAUGGGAAGACCUGUGCAAAACUGGACUCUUGUGCUUUGGGGGACCACGGUUGUGAACAUUCGUGUGUAAGCAGUGAAGACUCAUUUGUGUGCCAGUGCUUUGAAGGGUAUAUACUCCGUGAUGAUGGGAAAACCUGCAAAAGGAAAGACGUCUGCCAAGAUGGGGACCAUGGCUGCGAGCACAUUUGUGUGAGCAGUGAGGAAUCGUACAUCUGCAGGUGCUUGGAGGGGUUCAGGCUGGCGGAGGAUGGGAAGCGCUGCAGAAGGAAGGACGUCUGCAAAUCCACCCAUCACGGCUGUGAACACAUUUGUGUCAACAGUGGCAAUUCCUACAUCUGCAAGUGCUCAGAGGGAUUUGUUCUAGCUGAGGAUGGAAGGCGGUGCAAGAGGUGCACUGAAGGCCCAAUUGACCUGGUCUUUGUGAUCGAUGGAUCCAAGAGCCUUGGAGAAGAGAAUUUUGAGAUCGUGAAGCAGUUUGUCACUGGAAUUAUAGAUUCCUUGGCAGUUUCUCCCAAAGCAGCUCGCGUGGGGCUGCUCCAGUACUCCACGCAGGUCCGCACAGAGUUUACCCUGAGAAACUUCAACUCAGCCAAAGACAUGAAGAAAGCUGUGGCCCACGUGAAGUACAUGGGCAAGGGCUCUAUGACAGGGCUGGCCCUGAAACACAUGUUCGAGAGAAGCUUCACCCAAGUCGAAGGGGCCAGGCCCCUCUCCACCCGGGUGCCCAGGGUAGCCAUCGUAUUCACAGAUGGACGGGCUCAGGAUGACGUCUCCGAGUGGGCCAGCAAAGCCAAGGCCAACGGUAUCACUAUGUAUGCUGUUGGGGUAGGAAAAGCCAUUGAGGAAGAACUACAGGAGAUUGCCUCUGAGCCCACUGACAAGCAUCUCUUCUAUGCGGAGGACUUCAGUACAAUGGGCGAGAUAAGCGAAAAACUCAAGAAAGGCAUCUGUGAAGCUCUAGAAGACUCUGAUGGAAGACAGGACUCCCCAGCAGGGGAACUGCCAAAGAGGGUCCACCAGCCAACAGAAUCUGAGCCAGUCACCAUAAAUAUCCGAGACCUACUUUCCUGUUCUAAUUUUGCAGUGCAACAUAGAUAUCUAUUUGAAGAAGACAAUCUUUCACGGUCUACACAAAAACUUUUCCACUCAACAAAAUCUUCAGGAAGCCCUUUGGAAGAAAAACACGAUCAAUGCAAAUGUGAAAACCUCAUAAUGUUCCAGAACCUUGCAAAUGAAGAAGUAAAAAAAUUAACACAGCGCUUAGAAGAAAUGACACAGAGAAUGGAAGCCUUGGAAAAUCGCCUGAGAUACAGAUGAAGACUAGACACACUCCACGUAUCCUUAUGUCAUUGUACCGAGGAUUACAAUGGAACAGCACAGAGCUCCAAAGCUCAGGCUGUUAGGUCUAUAAUGUGGUGAAGUAAAACACAACCAGUAGAGGAAGCUGGUUUGCUAUACGAAGACAAUAAAAUACCAACUUGUAUAAAUUUAUUUAGGGGGGGGAAAAAACUUCAGAAUUUUAAAAUGAAUUUACCAUGAGAAUAAGCUAUGCAAGGUAUUUUGUAAUGUUCUGUGGAUAUAAUUUGCUUCUGCCUCAUCCUGCCUUAGUGUUGCAAUCUCGUUGACUUCAAAAUAUUUUGCAGUCUUAUUUCUUAGAACACUGGCCACAGGAAAUGCUAACUUUUUUGUAUUGGACUUGACCUUGAUAUAUGUAUAUGGAUGUAUGCCCAAAAUGAUAGGACAUAUGUACUUGUGUAACAAGUUGAAUUUUUUAUACAAUAUUAAAAUUUACUUCAGAGAAUAGCAUCCUGUGCAAAAUUCUGUAAUUUAACUUUAAAUGCAAAAUAUGUAUACAUGAAAAUGGCCAAUAUAUACAUUAAAAAAAGUUUGAUCUCAGUGAUUAGGAAAAUGCAUGGUAAAACAAAACCAAUUUUUAUUCCACUAGUGGGGCAAAGAUGAAUGUUUGGCAAGCAUUAGUAAGGAUGUGGAACUACAAAACAAGUCUUAUACACUGCUAGGAAGAGUGCAAACUGGCAGUCUCCUUUGGAGAAUAAAUCUGCCUAUGCUAAAUGAAAAUGAAAAUGCACACACCCCUGUAACUGCAGCAGCACUCAUAGGUUUAUUACUCGAUGAUUUCAGCACAUACAUACAAGGAGACCUGUAUAAGAAUUUGCUAUAAGAGUUUGUAAAAGCCACAAACUAGCAACAACCUAAACAUUAUCAGAAGGGGAACGGAUAUAACAUAUUAACAUGUAUAUUUAAGUACAGAAAAUAUUCCGGAGUGAUAUACAUCAAAUUAGGAAAAUAAGGAAGUGAGAACAGUCAAAAGAGUCAACCAUGUCAGCUCAAGAAGACAAGACAUUGAGCAAGAAACACUGUUUAACAACUUCAGGAAAAAACGUCAUCCUUCCGCAAGGAAACCACUGUACUUGAGUCCAAGUGAUGGCUUAUAAACAAAACACCUUGAUUACUUACACUGAAGUAUCUCAAGACAAGUGUUUACAUCAGAAUGACCACCCAAAGGGCAGUGUGGCAGAGUGGGAAGAACUUCUCCUAAGGUCUCCAUCUUUAUCUGAAAAACCCAUGAUUCUUUCCAGGUAUAAAUAUUGUAACUCAAAAUACUAAAACCUUGAGUUUAUAUCUGACUAACCCAUUUGACCCUAAAAAUAGACAUUUUCAUUAGGAAAUUGUAUUGAUUUGGGUUGACAUUUUGAUAUAACCAGUUCAGGCACUAUACUGUUUGCUCAGUUCGACUUUACAUUCUAUUGUAUUCAAGCUCCCUCUAGUGGUUCAAAACUGUUCCUCCCCCUUUUAAGUAUUAAAUAUUUCUACAACUUGGUGGAGGCAGGAAGCACAGCUUCAUGGAAAACUGGAAAACAAAGGUUUCCAACAAAACCAUCAAAAUGUGCAGAUUAAUUCAAGACAUUUAACUUAGAUAAUGACUAAAAUAUGAAAAAUUUGUUUUUGCCACUUUUACAUGAAGGGUUUUGCAUUCCACUUUCCCAUCAUUUAUCACCUUGAUUUCAUCUGUUAAGAUGGAGGUAAUAGUACUGUCAUGUGUUGUCAAAGGAUUAAUUGUAUAUACACUUAGUAAAAGGACCCAAGCCUUUCAAAUGCUCAAUAUUAGCUAUUAUGUUUUUAUUCUUCAGCAGUCAACAGUAUCUGACCCAGAGAUGGUACUUUUAAGUGUAUGCUGAGAAUGAAAUUGUUUCAGCUUUUGUGCUGUUAAGAUUCCCUCCCCUGUAUUUUCUUUUGAACAAAACAGGAGGCAGUAAAUUUAAUGGUAAACACACAAAACUACUGAAAAAGUACUAUCAGAUGAAGAUAAAAUUCUGGACAGGCACAAGCUUAAUAAAAUUGCUUAAGCCCUAGAAAACAUUAUUCACUCUAGUUUUUGAUAAAUGACAAAGUUGAGUCCCUGCCCUCUUAAGACCUUAGCUUAGUGAGAGGCAGAUAUUAAUGCCAUAUAAGUUUUUAAGGUAACUCAGUCACCUAACCUAGACUGGAAGAUGAUGUUGAGCUUGUCUUCAGAACAAGUACAGGUAGGCCCAGAAAAGAAAACAGGAAACCUGAUGCUAGUGCAUGCAAAAGGGGCAGUAAGUCUAAGGGAAGCUGGUAGUUGUAUAUCUGAGAGCAAAUGGAAAAUUACAGAUGAUCAUCUUCCAGAUUACCCAGCUAACUGCAUUCGUAACCAGCCUCAAAUUUGGUUUCUUCUCUAUAGCCUUUUGCUCCUGCCACCAUCCCAUACCAACUCCAAUUGUUACACGACAGCCAAUCUCUUAAUUGGUACAUCUAUCUCUACACCUAACAAAAGUAGAGGUAUGGAGUAAAUUUAACUGGCUGGAAUUUUCUGCAUUUCCUUUUGUUUUAGAACCAAACACAUUAUUUUUAUUGCAACCAAAAAAGAAAAUGCCACUUUAGACCUUCCUGAUGGCAUUUCCUCCAGCAGCAGUUUAGUGGCACUUUAUCUCAGGUCAGGGAAGAGUGAAAUGUUUCCUAUCAAGUUUUAAACUUUUCUUUGCAGAAUGUGAUUGUACAAAAAAGCACAUGUAAAUGUAGAAAUCAAAUAAUCUUUUUUUUUUUUUUUUUGGGUGCUGGGGACCGAACCCAGGGCCUUGUGCUUACAAGGCAAGCACUCUACCGACUGAGCUAUCUCCCCAGCCCCGAAAUCAAAUAAUCUUAAUAGCACAUUAUCAUUACAUAGAAGACCCUAGAAAUCACACUUAACCAUCAUUUCAGAAUGCCUACAGCCAAGAUGGAGACUAAUUCUAAAAGCCAAGUCAUUGUCAUUUGACACUUCUAUAGUCUCCCUCAAAGUCCAGCAGACUGCAUAGGGUAUAUAUUCUAUUAGCACCAUUCAACUGGUAGGUAAAUCAAGAUGUCAAUAUUUCCCCCCAAAUUAAUUCCUCUUAACGUUCCAAAGUAGAUUAACAUUAUGUGGGGAAGGGGUGCCAUGGGACAUAAUUUUGGGAGAUAUGGUAUACAUUUUCCCCAAAAUCUCAACAGCAAACAUACUUCAUGUUUUUCAGGACUAAAUGAUAUAAAACACACCUCAGCAAUCUGACACUUCUGAAGAUCUGGGCUUAUUCUUAAGUCAUCCACAUACAUUUCUUCUAUGCCAAUCAUUGAAGCACCUCAGGAAAGAUGGAUCUUCAUUGAAAUUCAAUAGUUUCUCAGCCUAUGACUACACUAUAGAUGGGGAAACAUUUCACUUAAUCCUUUUACUACUCAGAUUUGGUAAAUUUUAAUUCUAGCUGUUUAACCUCAAGGCCUCUCAAACACGUUCAAAUGUAAAAACCCAAAUAAUGUCUGUCCUAAGACUAGAAUUAUGAAAACUAAGUCUCUUUAACAAUCUAGUACAUAGGCUGAGGUUGUCGCUCAGUGAUAAGAGUGCUUGCCUAGCAUGUAUGAAGCACUGGGUUUGAUUCGCAGCACGACAUAAAAAUAAAUAAAAAGUCUGUCAACAACUAAAAACUAUAUUUAAAAAAAAAAAAUAGUACAUGAACAUCCUUAAUCUGAAAUGAGACAUGGUCUAAAAUCUGAAGUUGCCAUAA